AGCACGGGCAAGGCUGGCUUCGGCUCUCCCCGAGGGCCCGGCCAGCGCAGGCGGGGGAAAAGCCGCGACGCCUCUCCUUGUGUGCGGGCUGUGCCGCACGUCCCCUCGACUUGAAAGAUGACGCUCCGCCGAAAGGAAGGCGAGGCGGCGAGAGGCAGGCAAGAGGCGUGUCCGCCCGGCAGAAGACCUUCAGCCGAGGCUCGCCUUUGGCAGCGGGAGAGACGACAUGUCGCUGCUGCCCUCUCGCCGCCUGCGUCGGGCGCUGCUGCUCUUCCUCCUCGCCUUGCUCUCGGGAGGCGCUUCCGCGCAACCCCCGACGGCGGAGCAGCGCUGCUUUUGCCAGGUCACGGGUCAUUUAGAUGAUUGCACUUGUGAUGUAGAGACUAUUGAUACCUUCAACAACUACAAAAUUUUCCCCCAAUUGCAAGAACUUCUUCAAAGUGAUUAUUUCAGAUAUUACAAGGUUAACCUGAAGAAGCCUUGUCCUUUCUGGAGUGACAGUAGUCACUGUGGAAUUAGAGACUGUGCUGUUUAUCCAUGCACAUCUGAUGAGGUCCCUGGUGGAAUUAGAUCAGAGAGUUAUAAGUAUUCAGAAGCAGCUGCUGCCACCACCUUUGCUGAAGGCUGUGAAGGAGAAAACCUUGGGGCUGUUGACAAAUCUUUGAGUGAAGAAACUGCACGGGCUAUGAUUCAGUGGACUCGGCAUGACGAUUCUUCAGAAAACUUUUGUGAAGCUGAUGAUAUCCAUUCUCCUGAAGCAGAGUAUGUAGAUUUGCUUCUUAAUCCAGAACGUUACACUGGCUAUAAAGGGCCUGAAGCCUGGAAGAUUUGGAACAGUAUUUAUGAAGAAAACUGUUUUAAGCCUCGCUCCAUAAAAAGGCCUUUAAAUCCACUGGUUUCUGGCAGAGGAGCAAGAGAAAAUGAAGGGAAUAUGUUUUACACCUGGUUGCAAGGUCUCUGUGUGGAGAAGAGAGCUUUCUACAAGCUCAUUUCUGGUCUUCACGCAAGCAUCAACAUUCAUCUCAGUGCUAGAUACCUUUUGCAAGACACAUGGGCAGAGAAGAAAUGGGGGCACAAUGUGACAGAGUUCCAGCUGCGUUUUGAUGAGGUCUUGACAGGAGGCGAAGGCCCCAGGAGGCUGAAGAACCUUUAUUUCAUCUAUCUAAUUGAGUUACGGGCCCUCUCCAAAAUCUUGCCCUUUUUUGAACGCCCCGAUUUCCAGCUGUUCACAGGGGAUGACGAUCAGGAUGUAAAAACCAAGAACCGCCUCCUAGAAAUCCUCCAUUUAAUUAAAUCUUUCCCUUUGCAUUUUGACGAAAAUUCACUUUUUGCUGGAAACCAAAAAGAAGCUGCCAAGUUAAAGGAAGAAUUUCGGCUCCAUUUUAGGAACAUUUCAAGGAUCAUGGACUGUGUAGAAUGUCUGAAAUGCCGCCUUUGGGGGAAGCUGCAAACUCAGGGUUUGGGAACAGCACUGAAGAUCCUCUUUUCUGAAAACCUGAUAGAAAAUAUACCAGAAAAAGGUCCUUCCCACAAAUUUCAUCUCACAAGGCAGGAGAUUGUGUCCCUCUUCAAUGCUUUUGGAAGGAUUUCAACAAGUGUUAAAGAAUUGGAAAGCUUCAGAGACCUCUUACGACCUCUUCAGUGAAUUGAUCCUGAUGAAGACCACCUCCCUUGUUCUGUGCAGAUUGGUCUCAGAGUGAUUUCUCCUGGUGUAGCGCCAGCAUGGUGCCAUUCUUGGCAAGAUGAGGAAAGUCAGCGUGGAUCACAAAAAACAAUCACACUUUCCAGCUUACAAGCUUAUACUUGGCUCUGAGGUAGCUGAAAUAUUCAUGCAAGACUCAUCUUCCAGAGCAGGAUAGGCAGAUGUUGGCCUUAGGCAUUGUUUUUUUUAAUGAGGAUGGGGGAAUUGUAUCCUUUCUAAUAUUGCUGAACUACAACUCCCAGCAGCUUUUAUCAGCGUGAUCACUAGUGAGGGAUGCUAGGAGUUGUACUUCACCAAUAUGUGAAGGACCUCAGGUUCCUUACCCCUAGUUUACUACAUUUCUUCCAGCCUGGAGGAUCUUAGUGCUAUUAAUAAAAAACAUAGUGCAGCCAUUCUAUACAUUUUUCUGCUUAACAGACGUUUUUGUGGAAGGAAAAAGCUAGUUGAGAAAACCAUGGUUACAAAUGAGAGAUGAUGAUGACAUCACCUGGAUUCCCUGCAAAGUAACUGCAUGGUAAAAUGCCUCAUUAGACACACGAUUAGAAUCUCUCCGUCUUACAUAGCAGUGUCUCUUAACAAAAAUUAAUUUCUGCUUCAGUGUCCUUAAAUCAUCUUGUGUAAAAUGCCUUGUUUGAUUACAUCAAGAUCAACCUAGUCUUGCAUUUUUGAUUGAAAUCCCAACAAAUGGGAUCUCACAAAGCCACCCAUCUCACACACAGAGUCACUUUGUGUGAGAUGGGCGACUAUAUAAAUGUGAUAUAUAAAUAAAUAAAAUAAAAUAAAAUAAAAUGAUAGGAUCAGAAUUACAAGGGCCACUUAGGGCAAGGUCCACCUGCCUGCUCAAUAUAGGAAUUGAAAUUAAAGCAUUCCCAGCAGAUGGCUCUCUAGUCUCAUGUGGUUUGCGUGUCAUCUUUUGAAGCAGAUUGGAAGUGGAGCUCCAGAGUUAAUCCUUCCAGUCAAUUCCUAUUUAUCAUUGAGUUGUAUGAGAUGCCCCCUUCAUUCUCCAAAAGUAAAAGCCAAGCUCUAAGUCAAAAGCAACUAGUCCCUACCAGGCACUCUCCAGAGAUCCCAUUGUACAUCUCUUCACUCCCAGCCAAAAUAGCCAUUAGCUAUGCUGGCUGGAAAUGAUGGAAUUGAGAAUACGUUACUGUGGUUUUUGGUAGAAUAAUUUUUCACCAUUUGGUGCCUACUAGAUGUGUCAGGGUUUAGAGCUAUGCCACAGAAGAUGUGGGGCUAUGCUCUCAUAGCACUUGUUUGCAACUCCUUGAGCAGAUGUGUCUUCUCCUGGGACACUGUGCCUACCUCUGCAGCUGCUGGGUGAUUGCAGAAAAAAAUCAAGUUUGGUUUAAGGAGUUGCAGAAAGGUGAUUCAUGAAUGCCCCAUGAACUCUGAACCACCUUAACGGCCCUAUUAGGAUCCUAUUUUUUUCCCUCCCUCUUUUUUGUUGUCCCUCCAUAGAGUGUGUUUACGCAAUCUUUUGGUGAGUAAAGGAAAGAUUAGAAGGUUCGGUUAAGGAUAUUCUGAUCAUAAAUCAAGUUAUUUAAACAAAUGUUUUAUUAACAGAAGUCAUUGCACUGGGUUUUUGAAUUUUAUAGAGCUGUAUGAUGUGUUCCAUUUCACAGAGCUGUAGAUUAUGAAUCUUUGCAAGUUUUAAGAAUAAUAGUAAUAAUAAUGUAAUCCUAUCGGAACUUGAGGUAAAGUUACACCCUGAUUUUUCCCUUUCAGUAUAAUCCACAGCAUUUCCAGAGUAAACCAAGGAAAGAUGCCAGGAGUGUAGAAAAGGGAUUCGUAUCUGUAGUCAUGAUCCCCUCUCAUCUCCCCGCUUAGAGGGCUUGAUGCAAUUUGGACACUAGGCUGCAACAUUUUACACCCUGCUGUGAGAGGUUUCAGGUUUCCUUCUUCCCAAAUGUUGCAUGAAAAGAAUGGCUCAAAACACUCCAUAACUGCCAAGCUAUUGCUCUGUGCCAGACUUCCCCAACUUGGGCACUCUAGCUAUGUGUUCCCAGGAUUCUCAGCAACAAUUAGGCUGGUUGGGGAAUUCUGGGAAUUGAAUUCAUGGGCCUAUAAGGCACCCACAUUGGGGAAAACUACUCUGUGCCAAGAUAAACUUUAUUUGCCUAACAUUGCAGGGGGGAAGGGGGUUGUAAUAAAACCCUAGGGAACAUCUGCCACAGAGCUAGAGGGAUUUAUAACUUAGCUUAUAACAGCCUAGAGGAGGUUUUUUUAAUUGCCUGGAAAACAAUAGGUACUCAGGGAACUACAGUUAUAAGAGCCCACACCUGGGCUUUCCUUUCCAAUUCCCUGCUGUUGCACAAAUGAGGACCUUUGCUCAGAUUCAGGAGAGAUUGGAUGGUUCAGAUCAACCAGGUCAGUGUUUGGGCAAUCCUUCCAUUAGCUCCGAAACCUCAAUAGUAUGUUUGCUAUUGUAGGUUGGCAGAAGAGGAGGGGCAGCCUUAUAUUUAGGCUAGCCCUUGAGAUUACAAGCUGGCAAAAUGGGAAUUGGGUAUUUCAAGCUUAAAGCAAAUAAAGGUUUUUUUGGCCUCACCAUUAAAUGUAAUACUUUUGAGCUGAUUCUACUGUUAUGUUAGUGUUUCUCAACCUUGGCCACUUUAAGAUGGGUGGACGUUCAACUCCAGAAUUCCCCAGC